ACUCCGCCCGUCAAUUCCACCAUUUUAAAAGGGGAAAAGAAAGAUAAAAGAGCGCGAAAACCCUAGAAUCUGUAGCUCAGCUAUGUCAAUUCCACCGGAAUUGCCCUCUGAACGUAACGAAGAAGCACUGGCGGAAGAAUUCCAGAGCAAUACUCAUCACCCUCCUGCCCCUGCCGAUGAGCUGUUUGAUAUAACAACCACAGUUGAUCCUAGUUAUAUAAUAUCUUUAAUCCGGAAACUCCUCCCAGCAAAUGUUAAGUGUGGAGAGAUAUCUCUUGGAUAUGAUGCUCAUGAUGCCUCUACUGAAGGACCAAAGACUGAAGCCUUCAGGAUAACAUCAUCUCCAACUGAAAAUGGAGAUAAGAGAUCGCCUAUUCAUGUGUCUGAAACUAUGAAAACCGCUGAAAACUUUGUUGAACAAUCAGUUGAUGGCAAGUUGUAUUUCCAAAAUAAGCACGAGGAUGUAGCUGUCCGAGAAGAGGAUUGGGAAGAAUCUGGCUGCAUUUUAUGGGAUCUAGCAGCUAGUAAAACUCACGCUGAAUUGAUGGUUGAAAACUUUGCUCUUGAAGUGCUUUUGGCUACUCUCAUGGUCUCAAAAUCUGCACGGAUUACUGAAAUUAGCCUUGGUAUUAUUGGGAACCUAUCUUGCCAUGAUGUUUCAAGAAAAAAGAUUACUUCUACAAAUGGUCUGAUUGGAACAGUAUUGGAACAAUUGUUUCUAGAUGAUGCACCAUGUCUCUGUGAAGCAUGCCGGCUGAUAACUUUAGUUCUUCAAAGCGAAGAAUGUGCUUUUUUGGUGGAAGCACUGCAAUCUGAACAUAUUUUAUGUCGUGUUUUAUGGAUCGUAGAGAACACUUUGAACCUCCAGCUUCUAGAGAAGAGCAUUACUCUUCUCUUAGCAGUAGCAGAAAGUAAGCAAGAUGUGGCUACGAUACUGCUACCACCACUGAUAAAGUUAGGCCUCCCACGAAUUCUGGUUGAUCUCCUAUCUGUCGAGAUAAGCAAGUUAAUAGAAGAAAGAUUACCUGAAAGGUACUCCUUUCAAGAUUUGAUUCUUCAGACAGUUGAAGCUCUUUCGGUCAUGGAUGAUUAUUCACAAGAAAUUUGUUCAAACAAGGGACUCUUCCAGCUGCUUACUCAAUUGAUCAAGCUUCCAGAUAAAGCUGAUUUUGCCAACUCUUGCAUUGCUGCUUCAGUUUUGACAGCAAAUAUUCUCACUGAUGCAGCUGAUCUAGCUUUAGAGAUAUCGCAAGACCUGCUGUUCUUACAGGGUCUACUUGAUAUAUUUCCAUUUGCUUCUGAUGAUAUAGAAGCACGAAGUGCAGUUUGGAGCAUUCUUGCAAGGUUACUGGUUCAAAUUCAAAAAACUGAGAUGAGUCCUUCAAAUCUGCAUCAGUAUGUCUCAAUUCUCACAAGCAAAUCCGAGGUGGUUGAGGAUGAGCUUCUUAAUUACGAUGUUGAUGAUACCAGUGAAGACCAUGAAAGAUCCGCCAAAUUAACGGCAAGAAGCUUUGCUCUUAAUGGAAUUGUUGAACUUUUAAGUCGAUGGAGAACCCUUGAGGAUCAAGUGAAGGGAACUCUCUCUAUGGAGGGGUGCUAUGUGAAUGAAGGAGAUGUUGAUAAAAUGUUGCAUUACUGUUUCAAAUAUACCAAUUCUAGUGCAGGAGAGCUCAUGAACUAACCAACUAUUUACAAGCCUUAACAUGACGAGGGAAGACACCAUGCUCAUCCAGCAUUUUUCUGUGCUGUCUCGGGGUCAUACAGCAAAACAAAUCAUCUCACAUCAAGAUAUCGCAAGAAUGUGGUUUUGACGGAUGUUAGAUGGGAUACAAGUCUUGGUGUUUAGGGUUUGUGGCUGCUAGUUGUUGGGAGUUAUCACUGAUGGCUACAGGUAGUGUAAGUAGCUUGAAAAAGUUCACUACGAUGGUCCCGUCUAGAGGUUAUUGGCAUUCCAUUCAAUAAAUCUUGCAGGAGAAUACCAGAGCGCUUUGCAGCUCGCCUAAUUUUCUGUUACGUUGAUCAUUCAGAUGCUUGGCUUUGUCAUGAUUAAUGGCUAUCUGCGACAACACCAUUGUCGAGGUUGCAUCUGUGAUCGUGCUGAAAUUUAGCAGCACACUGCUGGUGGAUGUUCUCACAACCCAACUUUGUUGUCUGGAUUGCUCUUUGGCAGAAAGAAAAACCAUGCCUUUGAUGUCCCAUGCCUUUGAUGUCCAGCAUUCUUCUUCUGUUAUCUUUAUUCUGUUCCUUGAUAUAUCAUAGACAGACUUUAGAACCUGUUUCUCUAGUCUUCUAUGAGAAGAAAAUGAUCUCGCACUUGCUUUGUUUAUACCUGACAGAAUUUUGGACUUGUAGGUGCACGGUGGAAAGAACAAGCUUUGUUCUGCGAAUAAAUUUCCUUAGAUUUUAUUUA